AUGGCGGGAGCACGUGAACCGCCGCCCAGCGCUGGCGAAUAUAUCGACACGAAUCCUCACACUACGGACCCUCCUCUGCUGAAAGAUAACUCGCAGUUCAAGACGUACAAGACGAGUCGUUUCGAGUAUCCCGAUGUGAGGGUGUUUUUCAGACCACAUGCCAAGACCGCAGAACUUCCAAUGACGCCGGCUCCAUUGCCGCUCAUGGUCUUUGUACCAGGCCUGGGAGGUUCUGUUGCGCAGUUCUACCCGCUGCUGAGUAGUCUUGUCGAUCUUGCCCCAUGUCUAUCCAUGGACUUUCCGGGAGGAGGGCGUUCACGAUAUGCUGUCACUUCGUGGGAUGCGUACACACCAGAAGCCCUUGGUGAACUACUGGAGCUCGUAAUUGAGGAUCACCGCGAUAAGGAACAUGGCCAAGGCAUAAUCCUAAUCGGACAUAGCAUGGGCACCAUGCUAGCUGUGCAGCUUGCAAGCAGAAAUGUUCCACACAAGACUGACUUGUCGAGAUACGUUGUCGCUCUUGUUGCCGUAUGUCCAACGGCGGGUCCUCCAGACGAGCAAAGGUCGUCUCUUUUGAGGCGUCUGUUGUGGGUACCUGGCUGGAUGUUCUCACUCUGGCGAGCCUGGGACGGUAUAGGAGGUCCAUACAGCCCGAGUGUGUCUCGCUUUGUAGGCCAGGAAGCAGAUUUAGAGUUGAGAGUCAUGCAGCAUCGGUUCAACCAACAGAGCAGAACCCCGGUCUGGAGGCGCAUGGCAUAUGGUGCUCUUCCAGUCUAUCGGGAUGGCAAACCCAUAGGAGGUUUGCCCAGCCUUGAUGCCUGGGCCGGAGUGAAGGUGCCGGUAUAUCUGAUUGCCGGAGAAGACGAUCAUCUGACACCUCCGGAGGAGGUUAACAAAAUUCUUAAGGUGCUGAAUCAUCGUUCUCACAGCACGCAAUCUAUUGAUGACCAGACAAAUCAGGAGCAACUGGGAAUAUCGAGCCUGUCCCCUACACAAAUUUCAUCGCAGUCCAGCGAUACAAUCUAUGAUCUUAAAGAGGAGAGCUUUGCGACAGACAAGACUGGAGGUGCAAUAAUCAACAAUGCCCAUGAUGAACCGUCGACACCGUCAGAAUCGCCAGCAUUUAUCCCUCCACAGCCUAUACACCCGACUCCGGUUGUCCAGUCAUUCGUGAUGCCCUCACCAGCAAACCAUGCCCUUCUGUACAUGCCGCGAUGUUCAAGAGUGUUGGCCGGGCUUAUUUCUGAUUUUCUCGCGUGCCAUGUCACCCAAAGAUUGUCCUUAGCUUGGCAGCUGCAAUACUUGUCCCGUGAGGGGAAAUGGGAUGUCAAAAACCUGAUCAAGUGGAAGUCAGUUGCGCCGGUAUCUGAAGAAAUUGGACCCGAGGGACGUCCCAUUUUCCGCGCCAUGAAGACACUUCGAGAAGCCGACGAGGUGCACUGCCCCUCUGAAUUCGUAGAGGCAUGGAGUUCUGUUGUCAAGGAUGUCAUUGAUAUUUCCAAGGACCCGCCGGUUUAUGACCCACGAGGCCUUGAACGACGUGGUGUGCAUUAUCACAAGAUUCCCACUGCGUCCAAGAUCCCGCCUCAGCCGAAUGAAGUCGGGUCGUUCAUCAAACUUGUGGAUAAGUUACGGAAUGCCCAAAAGGAGCGAGCUGAUACAGAGGACUGGGAACACCCGGAGAAGUGCGUUGUUGGCGUACACUGCCACUAUGGUUUUAACCGUACCGGCUAUUUUAUAGUGUCCUACCUCGUUGAGCGUUGCGGGUUGAGUGUCCAACAAGCGAUCGAAAAGUUUGCGCAGGCGAGGCCAAACGGCAUUCGCCACUCACACUUCUUGGAUAGGUUAUAUGUGCGGUACAAUGUUGAAGAAGGUCCGGACCAGCAACAGAAGCCAUGA